ACGUCCGGACCGUAGAGUUGUAGCGUCGGCCAGCACGCCCCUCUCUGCUCCCGGCUGCAGUGCUCUUGCGCCCUUCUGACGCGGUUUCCCCUCGUGUAAACGGGGAGACAUGAGCAGCCGCCGGCGCGAAGACAAUGAUCAGUUCAACGAACAGCUGCGGCUCCAGCAACUCUACGGGGAGCGUGCUGGGAUGCCCGAGGGCAACGACCCCUACACUUAUGUGGACGAAGCCGAUGGCACUGCUUACGAGUGGGACCGGGACAAGAAGGCUUGGUUUCCCAAGAUAACUGAAGAUUUCCUUGCUACAUAUCAAGCCAAUUAUGGGUUCCCUGCUGAUAGUCCCUCUUCUUCUCAUACAAAAAAAGAUAAUAAGGCUGAUGUCAAUGUAAAACCUGAAGAGAAACCUACUGAUAAAAAAGCCACACAAAAUAUUGAAAAAAAGCAGAAAGGAGAAAAAAGAAAGCCUGAACCAGGAUGGUUUCAAGUUGAAGAGUACAGAAAUACAAAUGUUUAUGUUGCUGGCUUACCUCCAGACAUUACAAAAGACGAAUUUGUACAGCUUAUGUCCAAAUGUGGCAUUAUCAUGAAAGAUCCCCAAACAGAAGAAUAUAAAAUCAAGCUUUAUAAAGAUAAACAAGGAAAUCUUAAAGGAGAUGGACUUUGCUGUUAUUUGAAGAGAGAAUCUGUUGAUCUGGCAUUAAAGCUUCUAGAUGAUGGUGAAAUCAGAGGCUACAGACUGCAUGUCGAAAAGGCCCAGUUUCAGCUCAAGGGUGAAUAUGAUGCCAGUAAAAAGAAGAAGAAGUGCAAAGACUACAAGAAAAAGCUUUCUCUGCAACAAAAACAACUGGAUUGGCGGCCUGAGAAGAAAACUGGCACAGCUCGAAUGCGACAUGAGCGGGUUGUCAUUAUCAGGAACAUGUUCCAUCCUAAGGAUUUUGAGGAGGAUCCAUUAGUGCUAAAUGAGAUCAGGGAAGACCUCCGAACAGAAUGUGAAAAGUUUGGGCAAGUAAAGAAAGUCCUUCUCUUUGAUAGACACCCAGAUGGUGUGGCCUCUGUGUCAUAUAAGGAGCCCGAAGAAGCUGAUAUCUGUAUACAAGCCCUUAACGGGAGGUGGUUUGGUGGUCGUCAGUUACGUGUGGCAGUAUGGGAUGGUGUGACGGAUUAUCAGGUUGAGGAGACAUCAAGAGAGAGAGAAGAAAGACUGAAAGGCUGGGAGUCUUUUUUAGAGCAUCCUAACAUCCAGAAAGAAACUCAUUCACCGGAUCCCGACUCUGCCACCGGAAGCUUGGCCCUAGCAGCAGGGAAACGGUCCCCAGGGAAUAGCACACCUAAAGAGCAAACGGAAGGGAGUAAUGGAGAAAGCUUCGAUGAAGAUGGGACCCGGUCUACAGACAGCAGCCUUGGAGACAAUGAUACUGAAGACACAGGACACCUCUAACCCCUUAUAGAUGCUUUGUAGGUUGAGGUUUGUUGGAUUUCUCUUCCAAGUUUCAGGGCAAUUACUAGUAGUGCUCCACGAAUAUGUACAUAUUAAUCCAAUAUCUUCAACUUAGCAGUUUUGAAAUUUUUGUUCAAGUCAGUACUUAAUAGGGAACUCAAAAUAUUUGUUAAUUGACCAUGUCAGGGUGCAAGUGAACUGGACAAAAUCUGUUGUUGUUUUUUUUUUUUUAUCAGAUCCUUGCAUAUAUACUGGUGUUUGAUAUUUAUGAUUACAGGAAAAUUAAAAAUUAACUUUGGAAUAUUGACAUUCGCAUAUGUAUUUAAGGCAUAAGUUUUUAAAUACAUAAAACUAUUAAAGUAUUUUUUCCUGAAAAAGUUUGUCUUUUCUAAAAACUUAAAUUCUUUAGAAUCUGAGCUUUUCAUAUACUUUUCCUUAUUUUCCCCCCCCAAAAAACAGAACAUUAAAUUUUAUUGAACCUACAGUGUACAGGAAAAUAUUUGAUAAUUGUCAUGGUCUGGCAUCAAAAGUUGGUUUGAUGGGUUUUUUAUUUAAUUUUUGCCAUUGUUUGCAUUAAUUUGAUUUUGACUUCUGCAAUAUGUAAAAGAGAUGCCCUCUAAGGGUCAUAGCUUCCAUUACUAAUAGGAAGUAUCCAGUGGGAGGUUAAUAUAUCCCUCAGUCUAUCCUUCAGGUCUAGUUCUCUGUAACUAGCUUACGGCCUAGUAAAAUGCUACGCAGUAGGGUCUCAGUAAAUGUCCACUCUGUCUUUCAAAAGGGAUGAUCCCAUUUUUAUCCUUAGAGACUGGUAAAAGGAAAUCAAAGUGGCUACUUUUAAGUGCUUCCUUCACUCUAAUCAAAGUAGCAAUAACAUUAUCAUUAUGGGGCUUUGGAGAAAGUGGAAGAGAAUCCAGAUUUAUGAAGCCAGUUUUCAUUUUAAGGGAAAUUUUUUUUUGUAAUCUCUGGAAUUUUAAUAAAGCCUUGAUGAUUUUGGCAGAUGAAUCUUUUAAAGACCAUCUCAUUGGCUCAGUUUUGGCUUUACUCAUUUGCAUUAUCACCUAUAUGAAAUUCACUGGACUUGUAUUUUUAGUUUUAAAUCCAGUUCACUGUUUCCUGGUUGACUUGGUUUAGGAAAGAACUUGCUAACAAUGAGGGCUGUCCAGUAAUGGAAAGGGUUGCCUUAUGAUAAAUUCUUCAUCCUUGGAGGUCUUCAGUGAAGGCAAAUGCCUGCUGGGGAGGGCAUUCCUACUUCGACUAGGGUUGCGUUGAAUGACCUCUGAUCGUCCCUUCCAACUCAAAAACUUUAUCUUAAACUACCCACAAAUCCCAGUUAAGAAUACAAGGAAGAACAUCUCCUCAAAACUUCAAGCCAUGCAUUUGUGGUCGCCACACUUAGACAAGCUAAUAUUCAAAGUACAAGGUGAAUUUUGAUUAAGAAAUACUCAGUCGAUGAGCUGCGUUUGAUCUUGGUUGUCAGUAGUGCGCGUUGUUGUAUUGUUACUUAAAUGAGAACCACAUUAUGAAAUGCCUUGUUGCUUAUAUCAUAUCCCUACAUCUUUCUCAUGGGUGACAAAACAACAUACAAUAACAUUUUGUUUCUUAAAAUUCAAACAUGUUACUAAAGCAAAUCCUUGGAAAAAUGUUGUAUUCAAGAAGCAUUGUCAUUUCUGCAUGUAGCAAAUGCACCUCUAAAACAGGGAGAAAAGCUCAGUACUUCAAAGUUGAUUCAAAGCCACUUCCAUUUUUUGUCUUUGUCUCCCUGGUGCCUGUCAUUCUAGGCCCUUGCAUGUGGGUGCCACUGGGGACCAGUUUGGUGUGUGGCUGUACUGAAUUGUCCUGCCCUUUGGUUUGCACAGUAGUUCUGUAGAGAAGGUGGCCAUGAUUGUUAUUUUCCUUUCAAAUAAAAAACUUAU